GCACCAAAGAAGGCCAAGAGGAGGGCAGCAGCAGGAGACAGCGGCUCCUCCAACGUGUUCUCCAUGUUCGAGCAGAGCCAGAUCCAGGAGUACAAAGAGCCUGCAGGAGCUCCUGACCACUCAGUGCGACAGGUUCUCUCCAGAGGAGAUUAAGAACAUGUGGGCCGCCUUCCCCCCAGAUGUGGCCGGCAACGUAGACUACAAGAACAUCUGCUACGUCAUCACACACGGAGAGGAGAAGGAGGAGUAAAGAGAAAGCCAGGAGACAAGAAAGACAGCCAUCCCUCUGCUUUCUGCCUUCCCUUUUUCUUUCCUCUUCCUCCCUCCCACCCCGCCCACCUCCUGUGUGAACCCCCCCCCCCAGGUGCCCGGCCGCUCACCUUCAAACCAAAGACUUGUCACAGCUGAGACGGCUCGGGCCCCCCCGGGGGGCGUCUAUGUUUGCUUAUGGGGAAUAGGGAUGAUUUUUAUUUUUAUAUCAAUAAAAUGAUCCCAUAACAUCAUUUCCAACCUGCAGCUUGCCUCAGACGACCUCUCUGUCCUGCCUUGUCUGCCUCAUCACUCCAUCUCUGAGGUGUUUGUCAAUCAACCCUCCCAAUUAAAAAACACAAGGGCCUCAUUCGAAACUAUGAAGAAGYCCUUUCUGGUGCGGGGUGAGAGUACUGUCAGGAAAAGUUAAAAGUAAAAAAAAGAAGUUGCAUCCUUAAAGUGAUGACGGCUUUCCUUCCUUGAAAAAGUGAACCCACGAGGCUGAAGGAACGGAGGGAACGGGACGAAAGAAAACAUUCAAGUCUUCGAUUUCUUUCCCUCCGCUCCUUCCUGCUUUCAAUAAAUCACCUUUUUUUUUCCAUAAGCUGUCUCAAAUUCAGUGACUAACCUUCAUUGCCUUUCCUCUGUAAUGAAAAGGGACAAAAUGUGAAUAAAAUCACUUUACUUUUGUA